AUGCCAGCUUCGAGAAAAAAUUGUUGUAUUCUUGGAUGUAAUAAUACAUCACGCUGAGAACGUGGAUUUGGUGUGGAAGUGAAAUUUUAUAAAUUCCCUGAGAGCGUGUUAGGAGCCUCAUGGAAAAUAUUAAAACAUAAACAGUGGAUGAAUGCAGUGAAAAAUUACGUAGAAAAUCCAAAAGACUGGGUACCAAAUAAAUAUACGAGAAUUUCUAGUACCCAUUUUGUAAAUAAUGAAAAAUCGGAGCAUCCCUUACACCCAUCUUAUGUUCUUUCGAUUUUUCCUGGACGUGAAAAUAUGAAAAGAAAUAAGCUUUUUUCAAAUAAUUGUAAAAACUGA